AUGGCCCAGGCCUCGCCUUCGUGGCAGAGGCUGAUAGGGCUCCUCUCGGUGCUGCUGGCGCUGUUCCUCGGCCUCUCGACCGAGAACCACGGCGCCGCCGCCGCCGGGUGCCCCGCCGAGAUCGCUUCGGCGUCGGAGAACACCUGGUCCGUCGACUUCGACAACAGGACCGACGUAUCUGAGACCCACAGCGAGAGCUCGUACGUCGAAAGCCUGAAGGAGGAGUUCGCGAUGCUCGAGGCGACCGGCCUGCACGGCACGGGCGCCCGCUCCGGCUUCGACGACGGCGACUCCACCGUCAAGAUCCCGGCCUCGUGUCUCAACGGACCCAACAAGAACAACAACAACAACAAAGCGCCGCUCGAGCUGCCCGUCAGUCUCGCCGGUCUGCACCUGCGUACCGUCCAGACGUGGGCCAGCUACAUGUAA